GCUCGUCACAUGUUCGACACUCAAGUAGACCAAACACAGGGAGCUGUACAGUGCCCACCGAGAUCCGAUCGAACGCAGAGCAGCCGUUAGACAGACUAUUGACUGUAGCAACUCACCAGCAGUUCAGUUAAACUUGCACAAACUAAAAAUUCCCAUAAUCCAACCGGAAUAUCGCUCUUUUUAGCCAGGUGCUAGUGCAACUUUGUUCAGCCCUUUUUGCUGUCAAAUCGAAAAACCACAUUCUCGAAGCUUUUGGGCAAGCUUCCGCAAAACGAAACGAUCGAAACGCGUGGUCCGAAAACAACGAAGCAAAUACGGCAAGAGGCGAGCGAAAAAGUGAAAUUGAAAUAAUUCAAAAUCAAAAUCAAAUUCGAAGUCGAAAAUCGCAAAUCGCACAGUUGGAAGUUGAGUGAGCGAACGCGAGUGUUUGUGUGUGUGCGUAAGUGUCCCUCAGUGUGUGCAGUGCAACGGUAUCGUAAGACGAAAGGUAACGGUAACCGAGCAAUUGGGGUGUUAGCUGUCAGAAUCUGUGCGCAGAGAAAACCGAAAGUUUUGGCUUGUUACCUUGCCGUAGUAAUCCAAAAUCAAAACCGAAUACCGGAUUCACCAAUCGCCAUCCUGGCCCGCCCUUCGACUUUAGUUUAAGGCGCUCUGCCAGCGGUUCGCCGGAACGGUAAACUCCACCCACACCCUGCUGCCCGUCGUCGUUAGCAUACCGAUACCGAUAGCCCACCGCCGAUAGCGAUACUUUGGAAAAUCAUCAAUCCGUGCCCCACUUUAGCUAGGAUUCUGUUCGGUUUUAACCCUACGAAGAAGGAGCACCCGGCGGCAGAACCCGAAGCCGUUCUGCGUAAUUUUGGAUAAUGCGCGACUAGGCACAUGCUGUCCGAAUUGUUCAGGGGUAGCAAAACGAAGAACAGCAAUUUCGCCGAAAAGACGCAGUUAAAAAAAGAGUUAGCAAGUGAGAAACAACAUUCGUGAAUUUCGUGAUUAAAAACAUUUCAAAAGGUGUACAACAAAAGCUCAUUUAAUAUAAAAAUAAAAAGAACGCAAGCGAAAUAUACAAAAUAUAAUAUCGCAGCGCGCCAACAACAAAACGUGGCACCACCAACUAAAAACACAAAAAAAGCUCAACGAAAACGAGAGCGAAUGCGCGCGCGCGAGUGAGACAGCCAGAUAAGCGGAGACAAGAGCGACAACAACAAAACACAAGCGCAAGCACGAUCCAAAAGCCAAUUGCGCACGGAACGUAGAACGCAGAGAACUAACGGAACUAUAGAAGCGCAGCACGGAUAACAGUUAACAGGGCAAUCCAAAAAUGGUAAACAAGAAGGCGGACAAGGACAAGGAGAGGCAGCAAGAGGCAAUGUUGCCGGCGGCGGGCAAGAAUAGCAGCAACAUUGAAAACAGCAACAAACUUAGCAACAACAACAAUAACAACAAAGACAACAACAACAACAAAACAAACAAGGGCCAAAACACAAAGCCCAACAGCAAUAACAACAGCGGCAACAAGAAAAAGAAUGCAGGCAAAGGCAAUCAGCAGCAGUCGCAGCGCAGCGGCAAGAAAGCGAAGCCGCAACGCCAACAGAUAUUCCUGCAGUCGCUGCCACGCGACAGCAGCAACUACAGAUGCAACAGCUUCAGAAACAGCAUCGACAUAAACAGCAACAGCAGCAACAUGAGCAGCAACAGCAACAUGAGCAGCAAGAGCAGCAGCAACAUGAGCAGCAACAGCAGCAACAUCUCGGACACAUUGGCAACAUUGGACAGUGGUGUGGGAAAAAUGAAUCCCGCUGAACUGCUGACAGCCGCCUUGGCCGUGCCCUGUGCCAAAUGCUCCAAGCCAUCGAUGAUCUCCGGCCUGACCACCGCCGUAACCGCAUCCACAGCCUCCGCAUCCGCAUCCACCUCCUCCGCUUCAGCCUCCUCCUUCUCGUCGUCGUCAACCAGUUCCGGAUCGGAGACCGCCAGCAAUCACAGCGAUCUCCAUUACCCGGAGCCGGUUGUCUACUCCGCCAAGCAGUAUCGCAAGUCCAAGUCCUACAUGGGCGUAUCCCAGUACAACAGCUCACAGAAUGGCCAACAAGCGGGUCGGGGGCCCAAUACCGCUGGCGGUGGUAAUGGAAACCACGUGGCCUACAGACGUUCCCACAGCGAUCGACGCAACUCGUUCGAUCGCAGCUUCGCCGAAAGGAAUCGCGACUUUGUGCCCAUCGUCCCACCGCCGCGUCCGGUCCUGUCCUCCUCCAACAUCGCCGGAGUCAUGGCCAGCACCACCAAGCUGACGAUCAUAGAGCGGCUCGGCAAAGGACGUCUCGCGUAUCCCAUAAUGCAGUGCGGGACACUAGACGGAGCCGAACCGUUGUAUCAUCAACAGCGCAGCAACAGAAUGGACGUCUACCAGAUCGACGAUGGAUUCCACUCGGACGGCGGCACCGAGACUCCGCCGCCGUCACCCAGUUCUGGGUCAUCGAUCGCCUCGACCUCGGACCACGGAUCGCUGGAGAGCGUGGACACUGGGGGGACGCAGCGGCUGGCCGUGCUAUCGUUCGAGCAGGUGAGCAAGCUGCACGACGUCAUGGACGAGAAGGUGGCCAUCCAUGGGCGCGGCAACUUUCCCACACUGGAGGUGACGCUCAAGGACCUGGUCAACCUGGUGCGCCGCAAGCUGGAGGCGGAGGUGAACGCCGGCGGCGCCGGGGUGUUAGUUAAGGACAUCCGUCUCAACGGCGGGGCAGCUAGUCAUGUUUUAGCCAGCGAGGAUCAGCCGUACAAUGACCUGGACCUGAUAUUCGCCAUCGAGCUGAGUUCGCCACGCGUCUUCGACCGCGUCAAGGUGGCGGUGCUCAACACCCUGCUGGACUUGAUGCCCGAGGGCGUCUGCAAGCGCCGCAUAUACACGUGCUCCCUGAAGGAGGCCUACGUGGGCAAGAUGGUCAAGGUGAACAACAACAAUGACGGCGACCGCUGGUCGCUCAUAUCGCUGGGCAACUCGCCGGGCCACAAGAACGUCGAGCUGAAGUUCGUGGACACGAUGAGGCGCCAGUUCGAGUUCUCGGUGGACUCGUUCCAGAUUGUGCUGGACUCGCUGCUGCUCUUCUACGACUGCGCCGCUCUGCCCAUCUCGGAGAACUUCUAUCCAACGGUGGUCGGCGAAUCGGUCUACGGGGACUUCCAGGAGGCACUCUACCACUUGCAAAAGAAACUGAUCUCAACGCGUCAGCCGGAGGAGAUACGAGGCGGCGGCCUGCUCAAGUACUGCAAUCUAUUGGUGCGCAACUACAAGGCCGUCGACUCGCAGCUCAUCAAGACCCUGGAGCGCUACAUGUGCUCGCGCUUCUUCAUCGAUUUCCCGGACAUCAAUACGCAGACCACCAAGCUGGAGGCCUACUUGCGUAACCAUUUCUGGGGCGUCGAUGAGGAACCGCUGCAGUAUCAGUACCUGAUGCAUUUACGCGAGGUAGUCGAGAUGUCGACGGUCUGUCUAAUGGGCCACGAGCGGCGCCAGUCGCUCCAUCUAAUCCAGUCGCUGGCCGCUCAGGUGCUCUUCAACAAGCAGGAGAAGCAGCAGCAGCAGCAGGCCCAGGAGAAGUACCAGCAGCAACAGCAGCAGCAGCAUCAGCAAAACCAGCAGCAGCAGCAGCACCAGCAGCAGCAACAGCAGCAGCGUCAGCAUCAGUUCCUUGACCCAGCGCAGCAGCAACAGCAGCAGCAGCAGACACAGACGCAACAGCAGCAGCCGCAGCAGGCAGCUACCCUGACCCUUGUCCCGCAGGCGCCGCCCACGGGCCAGGCGCAGACCAUCUAUGUGCAACAGGCCGCCCCAGCCGCCGUGUGCUGCACGAGCAGCGCGGAUCAGACGGCGACAGCGGCACCACAGACCAUACAGAUACAGGCCGGUCCGCCGGGACUCAUCUAUGCCAACGGCGUCUACUAUGCACCUGUGAUCCCCAGCACCAUCUGCACGUGCAACUCCACCUGGCUGAGCACGUGAUUAGGACGGCAGGAG